CCGGCCGGCCUGCGCCCCGGGUCGCCGCGCCGCGCCGCGACCUGCAGACCCCGCCGCCGCGCUCGGGCCCGGCUCCCACGCCCCCGCCGCCCCGCGCGCCCAACUCCGCCGGCCGCCCCGCCCCGCCCCGCGCGCUCGCAGACCCCCGGGGCGGCUGCCGGGAGAGAUGCUGGAAGAAACUUCUUAAAUGACCGCGUCCGGCUGGCCGUGGAGCGUUUCUGGGUUGGGGAGAGGAAAGGAAAGUGGAAAAAAACUGAGAACUUCCUGAUCUCUCUCGCUGUGAGACAUGUCUGAGACUCCUGCUCAGUGUAGCAUUAAGCAGGAACGAAUUUCAUAUACACCUCCAGAGAGCCCGGUGCCCAGUUACGCCUCCUCGACUCCGCUUCAUGUUCCAGUGCCCCGAGCGCUCAGAAUGGAGGAAGACUCGAUCCGCCUGCCCGCGCACCUGCGCUUGCAGCCAAUUUACUGGAGCAGGGAUGACGUAGCCCAGUGGCUCAAGUGGGCUGAAAAUGAGUUUUCUUUAAGGCCGAUUGACAGCAACACGUUUGAAAUGAAUGGCAAAGCUCUCCUGCUGCUGACCAAAGAAGACUUUCGCUAUCGAUCUCCUCAUUCAGGCGAUGUCCUCUAUGAACUCCUUCAGCAUAUUCUGAAGCAGAGGAAACCUCGGAUUCUUUUUUCACCAUUCUUCCACCCCGGAAACUCUAUACACACACAGCCGGAAGUCAUACUUCAUCAGAACCACGAAGAAGAUAACUGUGUCCAGAGGACCCCAAGGCCAUCAGUGGAGAGUGUGCACCACAACCCUCCCACCAUUGAACUGUUACACCGUUCUAGAUCACCCAUCACAACAAAUCACCGGCCUUCUCCUGACCCCGAGCAGCGGCCCCUCCGGUCCCCCCUGGACAACAUGAUCCGCCGCCUCUCCCCCGCCGAGAGGGCCCAGGGACCGAGGCUCCACCAGGAAAACAACCACCAGGAGUCCUACCCCCUAUCAGUGUCUCCCAUGGAGAAUAAUCACUGCCCACCAUCCUCUGAGUCCCACCAGAAGCCAUCCAGCCCCCGGCAGGAGAACACACGCGUGAUCCAGCUGAUGCCCAGUCCCAUCAUGCACCCUUUGAUCCUGAACCCCCGGCACUCCGUGGAUUUCAAACAGUCCAGGCUCUCCGAGGACGGGCUGCAUAGAGAAGGGAAACCCAUCAACCUCUCCCAUCGGGAAGACCUGGCAUACAUGAACCACAUCAUGGUCUCCGUCUCCCCGCCCGAGGAGCACGCCAUGCCCAUUGGGAGAAUAGCAGACUGUAGACUGCUUUGGGAUUACGUCUAUCAGUUGCUUUCUGACAGCCGGUACGAAAACUUCAUCCGAUGGGAGGACAAAGAAUCCAAAAUAUUCCGGAUAGUGGAUCCCAAUGGACUGGCUCGACUGUGGGGAAACCAUAAGAACAGAACAAACAUGACCUAUGAGAAAAUGUCCAGAGCCCUGCGCCACUACUACAAACUAAACAUUAUCAGGAAGGAGCCAGGACAAAGGCUUUUGUUCAGGUUUAUGAAAACCCCAGAUGAAAUCAUGAGUGGCCGAACAGACCGUCUGGAGCACCUUGAGUCCCAGGAGCUGGAUGAACAAAUAUACCAGGAAGAUGAAUGCUGAAGGAACCAACCCCCAACCUCCGCGGGCCGGCAGCCGAGGGAAGCCCUGCCCACCAGGAUUGCUGGAGGCGUGAUGGAGCAGGCGGGCUGAGGAGAGUGAAGGAAGAGACCCCGAAAUGGGAGUGACGCUUCUCUUGCGUACCAGGAGGGACCCCAGAGCACCUUAGACAAACCAGCCAGCAAAGGCGGGGCUGGAGUUCUGGCCAAGGGCACGAGCCCGGGACUCGAGUUUCACGUUUCCUACCCACUGGGAAUCUCUCCAUCUGUAAUUCCUCACCCUCACCCUUCCACCUGUUGUUAGUUUCAUGGUGUUUUUGUUUUUGUUUUUUUUAAGAACAUGCAGUUUGACUUUUCAGCAUUCAUACAGGGGAAGACAUCGAGGUUGUUUUCCUAUGGAAAUAUAUAUCUAUUAUAUAUAUAUAUUUUUUGCAAAUCUCACGAAGUGCGGCAAGCCCAGCUGGUCAGGAAAGAAUACUUGCAAAAGGGUUCAGGUUCCUCUUUAUCCUGCCGCGUGGAUCGGGUUUGUUCCUGUUGCUGUUGGGUCUUGGCUGGGGGGGAUAAAAAGAUGCUUUUAAAAAGGAUAAAGUGAAAAAGAGAGCUCUCUUUUUCUCUCUCUCGCUCCUGCUCCUUCCCUGCCUCCCCUGCCCCCUCCCCCCCUGCUGUGGCGCUUCAGAUGCCCUUCAGCAGAGGCCAGCCUCUUGGAGAGUCUUGGGAGUUGUUGGCAAACAGAAUCAGUGGCCUGGGUGCUUUGUGGCCAGCACCACAAAAUCAAACCCACAUCCCGGCAUCUGGCUACCCACUGGAGGAAGGCCAGAAACGUCACAGAUGCUGCUGUCCUCCAGAAAGAUGAGUGCUGGUCCAGCCCCUGACAUGGCUGUGAGAACCACAGGCUUGGUGGUGCCACAGAGCGGAAGAUAAGGAUGGAAGAUAAUGAUGGGGGCUUCCAAAUAGCUUGGAAGACCCCAGCACCUUGGGAUUAGCUUGCAAGUACUCCAAAGUGGAAAUACAAAAAGACCACACAGGCUCGAUGGUCCAGAAACUGGGUGAAAAAUCUUCUAUCAUGGGGAUUUAUUGGUUUUUAAGGCUAGUGAGGAAGGAAGGGUCUUCUACUCCAUCCCAGAGGCCACCUUGUGGUCAGUUUCAUGCCCUCACCUAAUUUUUUUUUUCAGUUUCCAGCCUUUUUUUAAAGUUUCCUGGUCCCCACAGGACACAGGGCAUUUGAGAGAGGAGGAUCCUGGUGUGCAGUCUCAGUUCCUACCGGUGUCAGCCCAGCCUGGGCAGACAGGAAAUUCCUCAGAUACAUAACUUUCCUUCUUUCCUUCUUCCCUAGCUGUGUUUCAGAAUGGACCCAUUCGUGGCUCUUUUUCACCUCAAAAUAAGGUCAAUAGUGUCUUAAAAUGAGGAAAGUGCCACCCCUUAGUACUUUUGAUGAUAGCAAAUAUUUUUGGAGAGCUGUUUUAGAUUUUUUUUCUGGCCAUCUGAAUGGACUCUUUCAAUAUAGCUUCAGAAUCCACUAUUAGGAGUACAGUCUUUUUUAAUCUAAAAGAUGAGACCUGCCUUACAAAGCACGCGCUCCUCGUUUCUCUGUUUCCUGGACUCGGUUGGGUGAGCAUCUCCCGGCUCCCAGGGUACUUGUGUGCGCUGUCAGCAGCAGUUCCCAAGUGAAGCUGCCAGACCCCCGGGCAUCUCCUCAAGCCAUUUCUGAGUGGAGUCAGGUACAUAGGGGUUGGGGGCACACAGAUGGGAGAACUGACAAGGACACCAGCCUGGGAGGAGGGAGGGACAAGUAGGUUGACUUCUGAUUCAAGGACACUGGAAUUGAGGAGCUGAUCAAGGCUGUUCAGUCUUGCCCUGUUCCUGCCUCUUAUCAGACUGCAGAUAGACACAUGGAGGUGGCCAGCCUCUCCCCACUGUCACACCCUCCCCCUACCUACCUUCUGUAAUGUUGGGCUUGCAGUGAGGUCCCUAGAGGGUCCCUCAUGAAGGGUUUGGUCUCAACCUGCUGGAAUGGUAAUGAAAUGCAGCUGGAUCCCAGCACGCCACAGAUGUCUUCAAGAGUGUCCAGCAGCACACACUGGAUGCAUUUUCCAGCCUCUAAGGUGACUGAUGUUGUAUCUCACAUGGAGAGAUUAAGCCAAAUUCCUGGUGUGUUGUGAAAGCCAUUGAGUUCAAGAGCUGGAGAGAAAGGGUGGAUUUUCACUGAAGACCUUUGUGUGAGCCUGAAAUCAGAGAACAGGGCAUGAUGUUGCUCUUUUCUGAGAUUAGGACAUCUCCUUCUGUUCACUGACCCAGGUGUAAGGACUCAGGUUCUUACUGUUCAAAGAAUCUUACAGUUGAAUUGUGGAGGGAAAUUCCCUUUUGCCCCAAGUAUUUCUGUAUUUAAAGUAGUAUCCUAUAAGAAUAUGUAAGGCUAAGGAUCACACCUUCAGCCACUUGAAGAAAAAAUAGAAUGUGCUAAUUCCAAUGGAGUCUUUAUUUCCCAUCCGAUAUUACCAAUAAUGAUUUUCUGUUGAUUCCCUUAAUGGCAAAAGUCCUCCUCGUUUGUUCUUUGAGAGAAUACCUGGGCAGUGCUGACACCAGGGAUACAGUAUUUAGACACCACAUACCCCAAAGAUUUCAGAUUCAAUUUAGCAAAGCAUGAUGAAGCACGUGCCCGACACUGAGGGAUUCAAAGAUGAAUCAGGUGCAAAUCCCUGCCCUCUGUGAGUUUCUGUUCUACUGCAGAAUCUAGCAUGACAUUCCUCACUGCAACACUAAGUACUGGGGGUGAUGAAAAUGUCACCUGGAACCAAAUUAAAAGCACAUCUGUGACACCAAUAGUUGGCCUUCCCCUGCUGCUGUCAUGGGAAUUGUUGGCUUGCAAGAUCAGAAAUCAGGGGAGGAAAAGGCAGAAGAGCACUCAGGAGGAGAGCAUCCUCGAGCUGUGUCCUGGGCAGACGGGCUCACCUGUAUCUUGAAAUUCUCUAGCCUCUUCUCCCUGCCAGGUGGCCUCCUCUCCACCAGAAGAAAGCAGCGGUCAUUGGACUGGCUGUAGGGAAGCAAUGUUAUCUCUAAGAUCUUUUUGUCCCAAGGCAAGGUGGUCUUGCCUAAGGCAGCAGCUCCAAAGUUCCAGAUCCUUUUAGGGGGUCCCCACAGGAAAAGAGGAAUAACAGACUGACGGAGUUUCUCCUUUCAACAGUAUGUUUGGAACCCUCUGACCCAUUGUCUUUUUACACUGAGAGCUUGUCCAAAUCAGAAUGUAGAUUUAGCUGAAACUUAAACAGCUAUGACAGGAUUUACCUAAAUGACUAAGUAACCACCAUCCCCAUCUUUCACUGCCUGGGACCCAACUCGGAAUACAUUUUUGAAACAUUAACUCCCUUUUGCUGAAGGGAAACCUGCGUAUCAGAGGGGUUGCCCUAGGAGCAGACAGCACGCCAGGGACAGAAUUAGGACUGGGAUUCAGCCCGGCCAUACCCCCAUUUGACCCAUUCCCAGCCAGGAAGCUGAAGAUAAAAGAUUUGGGAAAAUACACAAAGAACAAGGGCAGUUUUCUUUGCCCAAGCCUUCGGUGCUAGUUAGCUCUCACCCACUCAGCCUGCUCCUCUUCUCAGCAGAAACCUGGAAUGAAGGGGGUGACACAAGGAAGCCCAUGGGAGGGAGGAGGCAAUAAUCCCUGCCUGUCUAAAAACCACAGGAGACUAACCUGACACUCU